ACAGAACUAUUAAAAUUGUGCUAAUUCUUUAUUUACUUUCAGUGUAUUUUCGUAUUGAGUAUAUACAAUACGACAAUAGUUGUCGUAUUCUGAUAAUUUAAUCAGAGAAUACAUUAUAGUGUAAUAGACGAAGAGCAGCAUCAGUUUUAUUUAUUACUGUAAAUUCAGUCAUCUUAAGAUUAAGUUUACAAAAUGCAGAUCAAAUUCAUUGCAUUUGUGUGUAUUUUGAUAUUCGUUGCUGUGAGUGUUCCAUGCGCUUCGUCAAAGCAAUACUUCGAUUUGAGUCACCCAUUUGACAAGGACACAAUAUUUCCCCGGACAACGUCAAUAUGAAUUACGCAUGGAUUAUGCAAAUGUAUCGAGGAAUGGAUUUAUAUAUUCCGCUUAUUCAUUUUGUAUGGGCGAGCAUGGUGGAACUCAUUUGGACGCCCCGAUUCAUUUCAACCGAAACGGUUGGACACUCGAUCAGAUUCCACUGGCGAAUUUAAUUGAUGUGCCAGCGGUUUUAAUUGAUGUGGAAAAUGAUGUCAAUGCACUGGUGAGGCCACACGAAUUCGUUUUCGGUUUAAGUCACAUUGAAGCACACGAAAAAUCGCAUGGAACCAUACGCAGCGGGUCAGUUGUGUUAGUACACACUGGUUGGUCAAAAUUCUGGCCGGAUAAAAUUAAAUAUCUUGGAUGGGACAAUGCCACAGAGUCAUUGAAUUUUCCCGGUCUUUCCGAAAAGGCAGUGGAAAUGUUAAUUAAGGCUCGACAAAUCAAUGGAAUUGGUCUGGAUACGGCAUCGGUUGAUCCAGGAGCGAAUCAGGCAUUCUCAACACAUGUACUGUUGGCGAAAGAACAAAUUUUCAGUUUGGAAAAUGUGGCCAACCUUAGAACAUUAUUGUCAGAAACGAAGUCUAAUUGUUCGCUUCGUCUAUUCAUUCUGCCGUUAAACAUUGUCGGAGGAACUGGAGCCCCUGCUCGUAUCUUGGCUUACUGCGAAUAGGUGAAUUGUAGCACAAAGCCCAAGGCUUAGGACUCAAGCUUAGUCAGUAAAGUGAGUGAAACUAUCAAAGAU